AUGAGCCUCCUCGGGAGCUACCGGAAAAAGACCAACAAUGAUGGCUAUGAAUCUUUGCAGCUGGUGGACAGCAACGGUGACUUCUGCGGCAGCCGGGAGCGAACCGGCGGAGGCGGCGGCAGCAUCAGCAAACAAGGGGUGAUCCCCGCGGUAGUGGCGGCGGCAGCGGCAGCGAGGAGCCCAGUGCGACAGCAGCAUCAGCCGCUCGACUGCAGCACCAUGGACAGCUCAGGUGCCUCAUCCCCUGACAUGGAGUCUAGCUAUGGGGGUGGCCUAUUAGACAUGGUCAAAGGAGGAGCAGGGAGACUCUUCAGCAACUUGAAGGAUAACUUGAAGGACACACUAAAAGAUACAUCUACUAAAGUUAUGCAGUCUGUUGCCAGCUACACCAAGGGAGAGCUAGAUAUUUCUUAUAUUACCUCAAGAAUUAUUGUGAUGUCUUUUCCUGCUGAAGGGGUUGAACUGGGAUUUAGGAACCAUAUUGAGGACGUGCGGACAUUCUUGGAUUCGAGACAUCCUGACCACUACACAGUUUUCAAUUUGUCACCGAAGUCUUACCGUAGUGCCCGGUUUCAUAAUAGGGUGUCUGAAUGUAGUUGGCCAGUUAGACAAGCACCAAGCCUCCAUAACCUCUAUGCUGUAUGUAAGAACAUGCACAACUGGUUGCAGCAGAACCCCAAAAAUGUUUGUGUCAUCCACUGUAUGGAUGGUCGUGUAGCAUCAGCAGUCCUGGUCAGUGCAAUGUUCUGUUUCUGUCAUCUCUUCUCUAAUCCAGUUCCUGCCAUUCAAUUACUAAAUUCAAAGCGACCUGGAAUAAUACUUUGGCCAUCCCACAGAAGGUACAUAGGGUAUAUUUGUGAUUUAAUAGCAGACAAGCCCAUUCAGCCUCAUUGCAAGCCUCUGACCAUCAAAACAGUGAUUCUCAGCCCAGUGCCCUGUUUCAACAAGCAAAGAAAUGGCUGCCGGCCUUUCUGUGAUGUUCUGAUUGGAGAAACUAGAAUCUUCACAACUUCUCAAGAAUAUGAACGAAUGAAGGAGUUCCGUGUUCAAGAAGGGAAAAUUGUAAUUCCACUAGGAGUCACUGUUCAUGGCGAUGUAGUAAUUUCUGUCUACCACAUGCGAUCAACCAUUGGGGGACGACUUCAAGCUAAAAUGUCAAACACACAAAUAUUCCAGAUACAAUUUCAUACUGGAUUCAUAGCUCUAGGAACAACGGUGUUAAAAUUUAAUAAACCUGAAUUGGAUGCAUGUGACUCUCCAGAGAAAUAUCCCCAGCUGUUUCAUGUUAUAUUGGAGAUAGAAAUAGAAUCUGCUGACAGACAGACUGACCUGACUCCUCCCUGGGAGAACUUUACAACAAAAGACAUCAACCCAAGCUUGCUUUUUUCUUCUCACCAGGAACUCCAAGAUACCCUUUCCCUGGCAGGCAGAGGUCCUGGAGAGGCAUCACAAGAUAACCUAAAGACUGCUGGACAAGGUGCAUUCCUGUCAUCUCUCAGCUGGCAAGAUCAAAAAUCUGAGAGAAGCAGUUCACACCCCAGCUCUGAAGAUCGGGCAGCCCUGGUGCAUGAAGAAAGUGAGCAGUCAGAUGAUGAACUCUUGUCCCUCUCCAGUCAGCACAGUAACACUAGCACUGACAAACUCCAUGGGGCACCAAAGCACAGCAAAAAGCCUCAAGAGCCACCAGGUCCACCACCCCCUGAAGAUGUGGACCUUUUGGGUUUGGAUGGUAGCCCUAUGAACAAAAACUUUACAUCAGCUCCCACUGCACCCCCUUCUAACUCUGACUUGUUGCAUGAUCUCUUUGGAGCUGGUCAUUCUGGAGGUCCAAGCCAAGGUGCACAGACAGCUGUUGAGGAUGUCUUUCAGAUGGGUGGGACUGGAUCUGCACAUUCAACUCCACGACGGUCUGUAACUUCUGCAUCCCCAUCUUUGUCCCCAAGGAUAGGAGAAGCAACUGCUUUUGACCCAUUUGGAGGAAGUCCUAAGCAACCUGCCCCAGAUCUUUUAGGCUCUUUCCUUGGUUCAUCAAAUGCAGCUGCUGACCCUUUUCUUCAAACAGCCAGAAGUCCUUCACCUACAGUGCAUUCUUCUAGUACACCAACUGUUUCUAUUCAACCAGAUGUUUCAAGUGACUGGGAAUGGCCCGGAAAAUCAGGAGGCGUAGGUAUGGGGAGUAAAUCAGCUGCUACAAGCCCCACAGGAUCAGUACAUAGUACUCCAACACAUCAAGCCAAACCCCAAACACUUGAUCCUUUUGCUGACUUGGGAACACUGGGAGCAAAUUUAACAGGUUGUCCUUCCUUUGCCAGCAAACCCAGCACACCUACAGGAAUAGGUGGAGGUUUUCCUCCUAUGGGUUCACCUCAGAAGCCAUCUCCUCAGCCAAUGGGAGGUGGCAGUUGGCAACAGGGGUCAGGUUACUCAUGGCCUCAAUCGCAGUCCAAACCCCCGCAAAGUAUGCCACAUUCCUCUCCCCAAAACAGGCCUAACUACAAUGUGAGCUUUUCAGCAACGCCCGCUGGCCAAAAUGACCGGGGAAAGGGAACAGGAAGUUCUGACUCAAAGCCAAAAGGAACAGCUGACUUCGAGGACCUCUUAUCUGGUCAAGGUUUUAAUGCCCACAAAGACAAAAAGGGACCUAGAACAAUAGCAGAAAUGAGGAAGGAAGAAAUGGCCAAAGAGAUGGAUCCUGAGAAGUUAAAAAUUCUUGAAUGGAUUGAGGGAAAGGAGAGAAACAUAAGAGCCUUGUUAUCCACAAUGCACACAGUGCUAUGGGAAGGAGAAACAAAAUGGAAACCGGUUGGCAUGGCAGAUCUUGUGACUCCAGAGCAAGUGAAGAAGGUCUACCGGAAAGCAGUGCUUGUUGUUCAUCCUGACAAAGCUACAGGGCAGCCAUAUGAACAAUAUGCAAAGAUGAUUUUUAUGGAGCUCAACGAUGCCUGGUCAGAAUUUGAAAACCAAGGCCAAAAGCCCUUGUAUUAG